AUGCAAUUUAUGUUCCCUCUGUUAACCUUGGCCGCCUUGGCCCUUCCACCGGCCUCGGCCCAUCCCAUGAGCGAGAACAAACCACGGGCACUCCCCCCGAGUAUUGAUCCCUUCUACAGGCCGCCGUCUGGCUUCGAGUCAAAGGCACCUGGCUCCAUUCUUCGUCAGCGGAGGAUUGCGGCAGCCUUCUUUGGGUUUAUCCCCCAGCCUAUUGAGGCGUACCAACUACUCUACUGUACCAAUGCUAUUGACGGCUCGCCAAUUGCAGCCGUUACCACCAUCUUCAAGCCUUUACAUGCGAAGAAGGACAGCUUUGUCUCGCUGCAAACCGCCUACGAUAGCACAGCCUCUAUCUGCAACCCAAGCUACACCUAUCAGCUCGGCGCAUUACAGACAAACAUCAUCUCCUCCUUGGAGCAAAUUAUUAUGCAGGCCUACUUACUCUCAGGGUACAUGGUUGCUGCAGCCGACUAUGAAGGGCCAGACGCAGCCUUUCUUCCCGGCCACCUCGAGGGCAUGGGCGUACUGGAUGGUAUGCGUGCCGUUGUCAACUUUAGGACAAAACUUGGGCUCUCUGACAACCCCAAGAUCGUCGGCACAGGCUACUCCGGCGGCGCUGUAGCUACAGGCUGGGCAGCCGGUCUUCAAUCCUCCUAUGCCCCGGACCUGAAUGUCAAGGGGUGGGUUGCUGGAGGCACUCCUGCAAAUCUCACCGCUACUUUUAUGAACCUUGACGGUACAAUAUUUAGCGGCUUCCUGCCUGCCGGCCUGGCCGGGUUUCUGAAGCCCAGUGCCUACGGAGCUCAACUACAACCUGUUUUCGACGAAAUUUAA